AUGGAAGAGCUAAGGAGGCUGGAAGAAGUACAGAGAAUGCUCAACUUCACCAAAUCUCGUCGCUUGGCUUCAGCUUCUGAUGAAGAUUCCAACCUUUUCAUCUCCAAUUUCAUCCUCUUUCUGAUGCAACCGUGUGGCGAUCUCGACAUGAACACCAAGUUCAGCUUGAUUCGCGAGCAACUACAGCUAUUUUCGGACCCUGCUUUCCAGGAAUCGUCACUCUCAGGGAAGUCACAUUCUCCAUUAGAGAUGGAGAGCAGUCCUGCCAAAGGCUGUCAAGAAAGUAGAAUCGCCAAAGUUGGUCUGCUUUCUUGUGAUGGAGAAAGUAGUGAACCACGAAAGAGUUUCCGCGAAAUGGGUGUGGUUCAGCUUGAUGCUAUGCAGAGAGCUAACUCUACUCUUGAGGAUUUUUGUAGGUCUUACUUUAUGUUUCAUGGAAUGGAUGUCAACAAGCCAGAGUUACUAUUCAAAUAUUUACCCUUUCUGUCUUUCACUGAAAGUUACAUCUAUCAGAUGGAUAGCUUGAACGAAAAGAUAGUUAAUUUGGCAAGCAGCAAAGUUGCAUGUCUAGGAAGAGGAUUUGAGGAUGGUACCCAAGGCUUCGAGAUGAAGUUAAUGGAGAUUCUUAAAACUGAACCGUUCCAGCCACUUGUGCUUCAAUUAGAACAUCAUGGCCUUCUUACAGAGAGGAUCCGAGAAGAAUUGAGGUGUGGAGAAGAGUAUUGGUCACUUGAAAGAGACCUAUGUUCGGCACUAGCAAAUCAGAAUGAGAUCUGUGUUGAAGAUGUAAUGAGGGCAAUUCAUCUGAAAUCAUUUGACUAUCGCAUACUAAAUCUUCUCCUUUAUCAGCUGCAAGGAGAACAGGUGAAUGACUUGCAUAUGGAUUUCCUAUCAAUAUCAGAGUUUUUGGUUGAAAUAGCAGAUGAUCUGUAA